UUCACACAACCAUUUGUUUCUAUUAGAAGUAAAGCAUCCUGUUAAAAAACAACUGAGCAGUCACAAAUUACAAGAUUUUUUCACUGUGAAUAUGUAAGAUAUGGUUGUACAAUUUUCCAUCAUUGGCUAUGAAGGAUUGAAUUUUUCCUUUCAACUUCUUCACAAUUUUAUAGCUAAUGUUCUUGUUUGCACCACCCAAAACCCAUCAUAUCCAUCACCACCACAACUGGCAGGUUUUCUCAUUGAAUUAAUAUUGCUUGAUAAACAUUAUUAGUUUCCAAGCAUUAUUGAUUCAAGGAAGGAGAGAACAUACAUCUAAGUAAUUGCUUUAUUUGCAUAUUUGAAACAAGAUCGAGGUAAUUGGGUAAGAGCUGAUGGAAAACAUGAAUAAGGAUGCAGAGAAUGAUGCAAACAGUUUCACUGCAAUGGGGAAAUGUGUGGGAGAUGGUGGCAAUAAUAGCGGUGGCGAAGAUGGUGGUGGGGCGACAGCGACAGGUGAGGUGGCUUUGAAAAAGGGUCCUUGGACGACAAUAGAAGAUGCAAUUUUAGUUGAUUACGUGACGAAGCACGGUGAAGGGAAUUGGAAUGCAGUGCAAAGGAACACAGGGUUGGCUCGAUGUGGAAAAAGUUGUAGGCUCAGAUGGACAAACCAUUUGAGACCAAAUCUGAAGAAAGGUGCUUUCUCACCUGAAGAAGAAAAGCUCAUCAUUGAAUUCCAUUCUCAGUUUGGCAACAAAUGGGCUCGAAUGGCUGCUUUGUUGCCUGGAAGAACUGACAACGAAAUAAAAAAUUAUUGGAACACAAGGGUGAAGCGAAGGCAAAGGCAAGGUCUUCCUCUAUACUCAGAUGACCCUAAUCGUUCCAUUACUACAAGUACACCCACCGCCACCACUGUAACCUAUCUCGGUGAAAACUUCACCAACAACGCUCCCAUAACCAUGUUCGAGUUUAUCAAACAGAGUUAUCCUCAUUCUCCAUCUCCACGACAUCAUUCUCCUUUAACUUCUCCGCUACAACACAGGGCAUCAUCCUAUUCUCAUAUGCUUUCCCCUCUAUCCUCUCCAGCUCACUCCCCAUUGUCCUCACCUGCAACUUCUUUACCUCUCUCCUUCACCUUCCAGAGACCUGCACCAUUGUUGUACAACCCUCUUAGCUUCAAGCGUUACCGCUCAACCCCAAGUUGUAACCCUACUACGUCCCCUACCAUGAAUAAUCCAACCCACUUAUCUGACAUUGAUAAUGGCUUCCAGUUCCCUAUGCAGCUCAAUUCGUCUUCUUUCUCCCACUUCUUUCAAAAUCCGACGUUGUUGGAUCUUGAAAGAAGUGGAUCCUCGUUGACAUCUUCUCCUUCUAAUGCUCAAAGCAAGAUGCAACUUCUUUCGAAUCAUAUCCCAUUGUCGUUGCAAACGCAACAAAUGGAGCCAUUGGAAGUUAAUUACGAUAUUGAGUACAAUGACCCUAAUUCUUUGAGUGCAAGUAAUAGGUUGUUUGGGGAUUUUCUAUCCGAAACUCAACCCUCGACUUCUGGCCAUCAGAUUUUAAAGAAACGAAAUUAUCUGGGCUUAGAUGAACGAGACAAUAAUGUGUUUGAUUGCUGCCAAAGCUUUGAUGACUCUCCUCUUAGCUCCCUUUAUGGCUCUUCUACUCCAGUUCUAAAACAGAAGGAAGAAGCAACUAACCUAAACCAAUCCAUGAAUGAGGAUUUAUCAACAUUUCUCACUGUAGUGCCUUCAAUCAUGCAAGACCAACAAAAUUGGCAAUAUAAUUAUGCAACAGAAGUUUCUGAUAACGUCCAAUCUUCUCAUGUCAUCAUAGAUGACAAUUUUGGAUUUGAUAUCAAGCCCAAACCUUCAUUGUUUCCUCUUAGUAUUGCUACAAACCAUAACGAUAAUAGAGGAUGUUACACAUGGGAUAAUUUAUCUAGCCAAUGUUAACUUUUAUUCAAAUUAAAAAAUAGUGACAAUUUAUGUACCAUAAAUUUUAGAAGCUAUUUAUUUUCUUGUUGAGUUCUC